GGUUGAGUGAGCUUGACCUUUAUCAAGAUGCAGCCACGUUCCUUCAAGAGACUGAAUGGGAGCAGAUUUCUCGACCAUAUAUGAAUAAUUUAGAGAAUGAAUUCAUAAACCCAAAUUUGAAUUCUGGUCUAAACAACAAUCUUGUGAAUGAAUCGGUGAAUUACCAGGUGCUCGAGUCCCCUUUAAAUGAAGUCAUUUGUCAGCCGUGGAUGCAUGAGCAAGGAUGCAGCCAUUUUUCUGCUAUGGAAGCAAAUCUGAGGGUCAUUCCUUCACCUACUUCAGGUGUGGUACAUUAUAGUAAUUCUUUCAAUCAUUCUACCGAAGCAAAUCAAAAUCAAAGUGGCGAACAAGAUGACGGUACAAACUCGUGGUUCUCUUCUGCUCUUUGGGACUUCGUGGAUUCUAUACCUACGACUCCUGCUUCAGCUUCUGAAAGUGCUUUGGUAAAUAAGGCUUUUGAGCGAAUUUCUAGCUUCCGUAGGAUAAGGUUGAACGCUGGAAACGCUAACGUUGCUACAGGUAAUAAUACCUCUGCAACUUCAAGAAGCUCAAGCAAACCGAUAAGUAUUUUGUGUUUUUCUUUGCUUGGAGUAUUAUGCGCCAUCUUAUGGGUGCUGAUUGGAACAUCUGUAAGAAUAAAUGGUUGAUAUGUAGCUAUCUAUACUUAUAUGUAAAUACUAAGUUUUGAUUUGGUACUUCAUUAGUAUCAAAAUAAUGACCAGUCAAUCGCCUAAAUGCAUUGGCGGUGACUAAAUUUUUAGCAAAAUUUCAUGUUAAUUUCAUUUUGUUUUAAGUUGGUCAUUGAACUUAAGUUUUGUUAUGUCGAUUGAAUUGACUAAUGGAAAAGGUGAUGUGGCAGUCUAA